GUAAACAUUAGUGGUUUUCGAAGUUAUCGUGAAACCACUGUUAAUGAUUUCUCACCCAGGCAUAAUGUUGUUGUUGGUCGAAAUGCUAUACAAUUUGUUCUUUCGGAUGAAUUCAGUCACUUAAGAAUGGAACAGCGUCAAGGGCUUAUACAUGAAGGCACAGGCGAACGUGUUACCACUGCUAGUGUUGAGAUCGUUUUUGAUAAUUCGGAUCAUCGCAUUGUUGCUGUUGAAGGGAAUGAAGUGCGUGUAUUGCGUCGUGUUAGUUUAAAAAAGGAUCAGUAUUUUAUCGAUUCAAAAAUGGUCACCCGAAGUGAUGUAGCAAAUUUAAUGGAAUCAGCAGGUUUUUCACGUUCAAACCCGUAUCAUAUUGUGAAACAGGGGAAAAUUAAUGAGCUCGCUACUUCUCCAGAUUCUCAUCGUCUUAAGUUGCUUAGAGAGGUCGCUGGGACAAGAGUUUAUGACGAGAGAAAAGAAGAAAGUAUGAAAAUUUUGCGUGAAACAAAUGCAAAAAGCGAAAAGAUAGAAGCCUUACUGACUUACAUAGAAGAACGUUUAAAGACUUUGGAAGAAGAGAAGGAAGAUCUAAAAGAAUAUCAAAAGUGGGACAAAGUGAAAAGAUCGAUUGAAUAUAUGAUUUAUGAUAAUGAACUCAAAGAAGCCAGGAAAAAAUUGGAUAAACUGGCUGAGCAGAGGGAAGAAUUAAACACACGACAAGGCAAGGUCACAAAUGAUUUAUUAACUGCUCAGAAUCGAUCUCUUAAAGCAUCAGCUGAUCAAAGAAGACUUGAAGCUCGUUUUAAAGGCAUGAGAGAAGAAAAAGAAGCAUUAUUAUCUGAACAGACUGAACGAUUUCAGAAAAAGACCGAACUUGAAUUAUUAAUUAAGGAUCUUCGCGAAGAUGUGGAAAAAGAACGUUCAGGAAGAAAUAUGGCGGAAGAUGUGCUUAAUAAACUAAAGGCAGAUAUUGCUGCUAAAGAAGAAGAAUUUAAAGAAAUCGUACCGAAGUAUGAAUCAUUAACAGAAGACGCUGCGAAAUUGAACACAGACAUUCGAAUUUUGGAUCAGAGAUGUAAAGAAUUUUAUGCAAAACAAGGUUAUCGAGAUCAAUAUAAAACAAUUGAAGAGCGAGAUAAGGCAUUAACAAAAGAAAUUCGUUUCUAUGACAGACAACUAACCGGAAUACGGGAUCAGAUCGCUGAAAUAAAGCAAAAUUUGGAAGAAGAAGAACAAGAGGAGCAACAACUUCAUAUCAAAAUUAUGGAACUUGAUAUUCACGCAGAAGAAUGUGUUGACCGGAUGUCGAAGUUAAAUCAAGAAAUGGCUGAGCUGCGUCGACGUCUUGAUCAAGCCAUUAUUCUCCAACAGGAAGCAUCGAGAGAUGAAAAAAAUGUUCGAGAUAAUUUGGAAGCAAUAAAAAUCGAUGUUUUACAAGCCGAGCAGGAUUUGAGACGGCUCAUUCCUCGAUUUGUAAUGAGUGGUGUGGAUAGUGUUCGGAAGGUUUUACAACAUUUUCGAGAUAAUAACCAUAACGGCCAAUAUAAUUCAAUUCUAAACGGAUAUCGAGGCAUCGUGAUUGAUUUAUUCGGUUGUGAUUCUAUAUAUUAUCAAGCUGUUGAAGUAACGACUGGUAAUCGAUUAUUUUAUCACGUUGUGGAUGAUGAUCGCAUUGCCAUGAAAAUUAUAAAAGAAGUUAAUGCCCAAAAAUUGAUGGGUGAAGUAAACUUUUUCCCUCUAAAUCGCAUAAUUGCUUCUCAAAAGCGAAAAACGAGUGAUCCAGAUGCUCGUCCUAUCUUGGAUAGUUUAGUGUAUGAUGAAGCAUAUGAUGUAGUUUUUACGCAUAUUUUUGGUGGUACGGCCAUCGUUCGUAAUAUGUUGGCUGGAACUCGAUUGGCGAAAAAAGAAGGAUUUGAUUGCGUAACAUUUGAAGGAGAUCAAAUAAGUAGACGUGGAGAAAUGACUGGAGGUUACUUGGAUGCCAAAAAGUCACGUAUGGAAUUGCAUUCAACAGUAUGUCAACUGAUGGAACAAAAGGCAAUUAUCGAACAAGCGUUGAGAGAAGCAACAUCUAAAAAUAAUGAAAGGACUACAACAGUUGAAAAAAUUCGUAUGGAAGGAGAAAGCUUGGAGCAAGCAGUUGCCGCAUUGAAAGACGAACAUAGGACCGCCUCUGAAAAAAAGCGUUAUCUGUCCCAACAAUUACAGCAAAUUAUGAAGAAUAAGGAACCAAAAAUGGGUCAAUGCGUAAUUUUAAAAAAUCGAAUUCGUGAGAUGGAAGCAAACAAAGAAGGAUUACAACGGCAGCUAGAAACACCGCUUCAUUCACAGUUAAGCGAAGAAGAGCAGGCAGUGCUCAACAAUUUGCAGGAAGAAAUUAAACAGAAAAAAGUUCGGUUGGAAAUUGUGAAUCGAGAGAGAACUGAUAUAGAAUUGGUUAAACAUCGUCUUGAGAAUCAACUGACGACAAAUUUGUUUCGUAAACGCGAAAAUUUACAAGCGAAAAUUCAUGACAUUUCAGUCGAUGAAAAAAGAAAUAAUCUCCAAGCUGAAAUGGCUGAAAUGCAAUUAGUGAAUAAUCGUCUUACAGAAAUUAUGACUCGUCUAGCAGAACUGGAUAGGCAUUUGGAUGAAUAUGAACGUACUCAGAGCGAAUUGUCGAGAGAACUUGAAGAUUGUCAGGAGCAACAAAAAGAUUUGGAAGCUCAAGUUACUGAAUUUUCAAAACAGGUUGAUCUAAUUUGUACCAAACAAUCUGCUAUGCAAGCCAAACGAGAAGAUAUCAUGAAAAAGAUAAAGGAGUUAGGAUCAUUACCAAUGGAUGCAAAACAAUACGAAAGUUUACCGAUGAAACAGCUCGACAGAAAAUUAAAUGAAGCUUUGGAAAAGUUGAAAAAGUAUGAAAAUGUGAAUAAGAAAGCGCUUGAUCAAUAUGUGCAAGCUAGUAGUCAAAAGGAGGAUUUAACUAAACGAAUGGAAGAACACCGAGCCAAUGAAAAAUCGAUCAACGAUUUGCUCGCAGUUCUUGAACUACGUAAAUAUGAAGCAAUCCAAUUGACAUUUAAACAAGUUUCUAAAAAUUUUCAAGUUGUUUUUCAAAAAUUGGUUCCUGGCGGAGAAGGAAGACUUAUAAUGCGCAUAAGUGAUGAGGAUUCUGAAGCAGCAAAAGAUCGUACAAAUCUUCAGCAAGUUGAAGCUUUUACGGGAGUAGGUAUUAAAGUAUCUUUCUCUGGGUCUGAUGAGACACGAGAGAUGCAACAGUUGUCAGGAGGUCAGAAAAGUCUUGUCGCUCUUGCUCUAAUAUUUGCUAUUCAAAAAUGUGAUCCAGCACCAUUUUAUUUAUUUGAUGAAAUCGAUGCUGCUCUUGAUGCUCAACAUCGUAAAGCAGUAGCAGAUAUGAUUCACGAAUUGUCAGAAAAUGCACAAUUUAUUACAACAACUUUCCGUGCUGAAUUACUGGAUUGUGCAGAAAAAUAUUUUGGCGUUCAUUUUAGGAACAAGGUAUCUCAUAUUGACGUCGUAACCAAAGAACAAGCUUAUGAUUUCGUAGAAGAUGACCAAACGCAUGGCUAA